GCACCCGCAGACUGCUUUACUUAUCCUUUCGUUCUAUCUCACAAUCCACGCACACAUCCCCACAUGACAACCACAGUGCCAUCCGCAGAAGACCAAGCAAAGUUCCUCGAGGAUGCCUUGAACGUGGUCAAGAUCCAGUCGUUUCAAAUGAAGCGCUGUCUGGAUAACAAUAAGUUGAUGGACGGUUUAAAGCACUGCUCUACCAUGCUUGCCGAGCUCAGGACCUCCAACUUGACGCCCAAGAACUACUAUGAACUCUACAUGGCCAUUUUUGACGCCCUUCGCCACGUUACAACUUACCUCAAGGAGGCUCACCAGAGCGGGCGACACCACUUGGCGGAUCUUUACGAGCUGGUGCAGUAUGCAGGAAACAUCGUGCCCCGCCUUUAUUUGAUGGUGACCGUUGGCAGUGUGUACAUGGAGGUGCCUGAUGCCCCUGUCAAGGAAAUCAUGCGCGAUAUGAUGGAGAUGGCCAGAGGAGUCCAGCACCCGACUCGCGGAUUGUUCUUGAGAUACUACCUCAGCGGCCAGACGAGGAACGGUCUUCCCUUGGGAACAGAAGAUGGGCCCGAAGGAAACAUCUCGGACUCGAUCCAGUUUAUCCUGACCAACUUUAUCGAGAUGAACAAGCUCUGGGUACGACUUCAGCACCAGGGCCAUUCCCGAGAGCGCGAGAAGCGUGAGAUGGAGCGCAAGGAGCUCAGGAUUCUAGUCGGCACAAAUCUUGUGCGUCUCAGUCAGCUAGACAGCGUGGACCUGAAUGUCUAUCAGUCGACCAUCUUGCCCAGCGUUCUCGAGCAGAUCGUCAGCUGCAAGGAUGUCAUUGCGCAGGAAUAUCUCAUGGAGGUCAUUAUCCAGGUCUUCCCCGACGAUUUCCACCUGAGAACCUUGGGACCAUUAUUGUCGGCUACAGCUCAAUUGCACCCCAAGGUCAACGUGAAACAGAUUGUCAUUGCCCUGGUGGACCGUCUUGCAGCCCAUGCCGCCAGAGAGGCUGACAGCAACGAUGAUGAUGAGGUUUCAGAGGCACCCGGCUCACCAAAGGCGUCAUCCGUCAAGGCGGAUGAAGCGGAAGUUGAAAAGAAGGAGACCGAGGCCAAUGGAGAUGAGGCAGCAGAAGAAAAGGAAGGCGAUGAUGAGGAAGAAGCAAAGAAGGAAGACCAAGAAGUAGAGGAAGAGGAAACCCCUGCACAAGAGGAGCAACCUGCACCAGCACCGGCGCCAAAGCCUCUCAAGAUCCGCAAGAUCCGGGGCAUUCCCGAGGACGUCAAACUGUUCGAAAUCUUUUGGGGCAAGAUUGUGGAGCUGGUCAAGUUCCGUCCUGACUUGUCAAUUCAGGAUAUCACAGCACUGCUGGUUUCGUUGAUCAACUUGUCGCUGAGCUGCUAUCCCGACAAUCUGGGAUAUGCCGACCAGGUCCUCGGAUUUGCCAAGGACAAGGCGAUUGAAUACAACGAGAGCCCUGAGCUGCAGCACAAGGAGACUGUCGCAAACCUUCAGAACCUUCUCAUGGCGCCCAUUCAGCACUAUCCCUCCAUCCUUACACUCUUGGACCUUCCCAACUUUAACGCCCUUCUCUCGCUUCAACCCUACCAGACCCGCCGCGCCAUUGCACAUGCGGUUGUUGGUUCUAUUCUGAAGAACGAUACCAUCAUCAGCACUCCCGAGGACGUUAAUGGAGUCCUGGAGAUUUGCGCUGUCAUGAUUCGCGACCAGAAGGAUGGCGGACACAACUCGAGCCCCUUCCGCAGCACCCGCAGCAAUCGCAACGAGAGCGGCAGUGUCGAUCCAGAGGAGUUUGCGGAGGAGCAGGGUCAGCUGGCGCGCAUUAUCCACUUGUUCAAGAGCGAUGAUGCAGAUACACAGGCAGCCAUCUUGUCUGCGGCCAGGAAGCAGUUUGGCGAUGGAGGAGAGCGCAUUCGCUACAUGUUCCCUCCAUUGGUCAUCCAGGCCGUUAAGCUGGCUCGCCGCUUCAAGAAGUUGCAGGAUACGGACGAGGGCUGGGAGAAGAAGUGCUCGACUCUCUUCAGAUUUAUCAACCAGGUCAUUUCUAUUCUCCACGGCAAGGUCGACAACUCUGAUGUGGUUCUGCGCCUAUUCUUGUUGGCGGGUCAGAGUGCAGAUGAAUGUGGGUUUGAGGAUAUUUGUUACGAGUUCUUUGUGCAGGCAUUUACGAUCUACGAAGAGUCGAUUUCAGAGUCGAAAGCGCAGUUCCAGGCGAUCACGCUCAUGGUUGGCACACUUCAGACGACGUCCUGCUUCAAUGUGGACCAUUAUGAUACCCUUAUUACAAAGUGCGCGCUUCACGGAGCCAAGCUGCUGAAGAAGCCCGAUCAAUGUCGCGCAGUUUACACGUGCAGUCAUCUCUGGUGGGGCACCAUGAUCGUCGCUCAGGGAGAGGACGGCGAGGAAACUGUGCAACCAUAUCGUGACGGCAAACGUGUCCUGGAAUGUCUGCAGAAGGCACUUAAGAUUGCAGACUCUUGCAUGGACUCUGUGACGAACGUGGAGCUGUUUGUUGAGAUCCUCAACCGAUACAUUUACUACUUUGAGAAGCAGAAUGAGGCGGUCACUGUCAAGUAUCUCAAUGGACUCAUUGACCUGAUCAACACUAAUCUGGGCAACAUGGAGAACCCUGACCAGCAUCCUCCUUCAUCCAACUCGUCGUCGUUGCUGGAGAACGACCCGGCCCAUAUCUCGGAGUAUGUAAUGGCUCAUUUCCGAAACACGAUCUACCACCUGGAACGCCGUAAGAACGCCGGGGACGAGAAGUAUGCGGAGCUCGAUGCCAGUUUAGCCGUCUAAUCGAGGAGGAUCUGGAGAAGUGACACGUGUGGCAUUUUUGAAUUGGUGUUGAUCAACAAGAGGAGCAAAGCGAGAAAGGCGAUAAAGCAAGAUGAAGCGCUAGCGCUGAAGUAAUAAAAAAAAAAAAAGGUAAAGC